UUGCUAUAUAAACCUCAGCACUCAUUCUUUAAAAUACAAACCAAAACAAGAAAUACUUUGCCAAUGAUAUCUUCUUCUAAAAUGGGGCCUUCUGCCCAUCUCGUCUACGCUAUAGGAGUUAUCAUCAUGGCAACAAUGGUUGCGGCAUAUGAGCCAUACACAGAUAGCUCACCUCCACCAUACUCUGUGCCACUUCCCAAAGUGGAAUACAAAUCUCCUCCAUUACCAGAUGUUUACAGUUCUCCACCACCACCACUAGAAUACUCUCCAGCGCCUAAAGUUGAUUAUAAAUCUCCACCACCACCAUACUAUUCACCAUCUCCUAAAGUUGAGUACAAGUCUCCUCCACCACCAUAUGUCUACAACUCUCCACCACCACCAUAUUACUCUCCAUCCCCAAAGGUAGACUACAAGUCUCCUCCACCACCAUAUGUUUACAGUUCGCCACCACCACCAAUCUAUUCACCAUCUCCUAAGGUAGACUACAAAUCUCCUCCACCACCAUAUGUUUACAGUUCCCCACCACCACCAUACUAUUCGCCAUCCCCUAAGGUGGAGUACAAAUCUCCACCAUCACCGUAUGUUUACAACUCUCCACCACCAUCAUAUUAUUCACCAUCCCCUAAGGUAGAUUACAAAUCUCCUCCACCACCAUAUGUUUAUAGUUCUCCACCACCACCAUAUUACUCUCCAUCCCCUAAGGUUGUAUACAAGUCUCCUCCUCCACCAUAUGUUUACAGUUCUCCACCACCACCAUACUACUCACCAUCACCUAAGGUAGACUACAAGUCUCCACCACCACCAUACGUCUACAGCUCACCACCACCACCAUACUACUCACCUUCUCCUAAGAUAGUCUACAAAUCUCCCCCACCACCGUACGUCUACAGCUCCCCACCACCCCCAUACUACUCACCUUCCCCUAAGGUAGACUACAAAUCUCCCCCACCACCGUAUGUCUACAGUUCUCCACCACCACCAUACUACUCUCCAUCCCCUAAGGUUGUAUACAAGUCUCCUCCUCCACCAUAUGUUUACAGUUCCCCACCACCACCAUACUACUCACCAACCCCGAAGGUAGACUACAAAUCUCCUCCUCCACCAUAUGUUUACAGUUCUCCACCACCACCAUACUACUCACCAUCACCUAAGGUAGACUACAAGUCUCCACCACCACCAUACGUCUACAGCUCACCACCACCACCAUACUACUCACCUUCUCCUAAGAUAGUCUACAAAUCUCCCCCACCACCGUACGUCUACAGCUCCCCACCACCCCCAUACUACACACCUUCACCAAAGGUUGUAUACAAGUCUCCUCCUCCACCAUAUGUUUACAGUUCCCCACCACCACCAUACUACUCACCAUCCCCUAAGGUAGACUACAAAUCUCCUCCUCCACCAUAUGUUUACAGUUCUCCUCCACCACCAUACUACUCGCCAUCUCCAAAGGUUGUAUACAAAUCUCCUCCUCCACCAUAUGUUUACAGUUCUCCUCCACCACCAUACUAUUCACCAUCCCCUAAGGUAGACUACAAGUCUCCUCCACCACCAUAUGUUUACAGUUCUCCACCACCACCGUACUACUCUCCUUCACCAAAGGUUUUAUACAAGUCUCCCCCACCACCGUAUGUCUACAGUUCUCCACCACCACCAUACUACUCUCCUUCUCCUAAGGUAGUCUACAAGUCUCCCCCACCACCGUAUGUUUACAGUUCUCCACCACCUCCAUACUACUCUCCUUCUCCUAAGGUAGUCUACAAGUCUCCCCCACCACCGUAUGUCUACAGUUCUCCACCACCACCAUACUACUCUCCUUCUCCUAAGGUAGUCUACAAGUCUCCCCCACCACCAUACGUUUACAGUUCUCCACCACCACCAUACUACUCCCCUUCUCCUAAAGUAUACUACAAGUCUCCUCCAUCACCAUACCACGCACCAUCCCCUAAGGUUCUAUACAAAUCUCCACCACACCCUCAUGUAUGUGUCUGUCCACCACCUCCUCCAUGUUAUUCUCCAUCUCCAAAGGUUGUGUACAAGUCCUCCCCACCACCGUACGUUUACAGUUCUCCACCACCACCAUAUCACUCUCCUUCUCCUAAGGUACACUACAAGUCUCCCCCACCACCGUAUGUCUACAGUUCUCCACCACCACCAUAUUACUCUCCUUCCCCUAAGGUACACUACAAGUCUCCCCCACCACCGUAUGUCUAUAGUUCUCCACCACCACCAUACUACUCUCCUUCUCCUAAGGUAGUCUACAAGUCUCCCCCACCACCGUAUGUUUACAGUUCUCCACCACCUCCAUACUAUUCUCCUUCUCCUAAGGUAGUCUACAAGUCUCCCCCACCACCGUAUGUCUACAGUUCUCCACCACCACCAUACUACUCUCCUUCUCCUAAGGUAGUCUACAAGUCUCCCCCACCACCAUACGUUUACAGUUCUCCACCACCACCAUAUUAUUCUCCUUCUCCUAAGGUAGUCUACAAGUCUCCUCCACCACCGUAUGUCUACAGUUCUCCACCACCACCAUACUACUCUCCUUCUCCUAAGGUAGUCUACAAGUCUCCCCCACCACCGUACGUCUACAGCUCACCACCACCACCAUACUACUCUCCUUCUCCUAAAGUAGUUUACAAGUCUCCCCCACCACCGUACGUCUACAGCUCACCACCACCACCAUACUACUCACCUUCCCCUAAGGUAGACUACAAAUCUCCCCCACCACCGUACGUCUACAGCUCACCACCACCACCAUACUACUCACCUUCCCCUAAAGUAGACUACAAAUCUCCUCCACCACCGUACGUCUAUAGCUCACCACCACCACCAUACUACUCACCUUCCCCGAAGGUAGACUACAAAUCUCCCCCACCACCGUAUGUCUACAGCUCACCCCCACCACCAUACUACUCACCUGCCCCUAAGGUAGAUUACAAAUCUCCACCACCACCAUACGUCUAUAGUUCACCACCACCACCAUACUACUCACCUUCCCCUAAGGUUGACUACAAAUCUCCUCCACCACCAUACUACUCACCUUCCCCUAAGGUUGACUACAAAUCUCCUCCACCACCAUAUGUCUACAGUUCUCCACCACCACCAUCAUACUCACCUUCUCCAAAAACUGAGUACUAAGCUUCACAUUCACCUUCGUAUUACUUGAAAUUGUAAUGAGAUUCUUAUAUAAGCUACCAAGUUUUAUUUCAUUUCAUCUUUGCUUUUGUUCUUCAUGAUAUUCAUAUCUAAUAAAUUUUAAUUCUGCCUAUUUGAUUAAAUAUUUUGCUUCAAAAUCUUCAAAUGGUUUAAUGCUUUUACUUUUAUUUGUUUUAAGUUUGCUUGCAAUCUAUAUGAAGUUCUUUGCAAAUUUGAA